UGUACAACGAAAAACGCCACUGCAUUCCUUUGAGUAUAUUCGUGACGCAUGCGCAGAACUACUCCAAUUUCGGGGUUCAUUUCACAGAAGCUUGUCCUAAAGAGUUAGCAAUCUAGUAGUAUCUAUUGAAGUUUGUGGUAGGAGCAGAAGCGUGCGAGAGGAUGCUCCGUAAGUAAGAGACACCAAGUGACACCCAGUGCAGGCAGGUUAUUUCGCCGAAGCGAAAUCCAUUGGUAAACAUGCAGCCGCGGCAUUACCAUCGUGAGUGACUGUCGUGAUUAUACCCGAUUAUAAUGGCAGAGAACCUGUCGAAACGGCCUUCCAAAGGAAUCCUCAAGACGUCCAGCAGUUUUGACAAUCCGGAGGCGCCUAGACCGAACAAAGAAACAACAUGGGAUGAAAUGAAUAUUAUUGCUACUCUUCAUCCUGCUGAUAAGGAUUAUGGCCAUAUGAAGAUUGAAGAACCAAAAACCCCAUAUAAUUUUGAAGGCCUCCAAAAUGAACAUGAGUUUGAUCAAUUAGAUGCUAGUGCUCUUGCAGCAAAAUUAGCUGGAGGUAGUAAGCCCAAAAUUUUUGAGGAAUCCAGUGAAGAAGAGGAAGACGAAGAAACUCCCGAAGAAAAAGAAAGGAGAAGAGCUUUCGAGGCAAAAAGAAAGGGCCAUUACCGAGAGUGGCAUGCUGUACAAAUGGCGAGAAGACUUUUAGAACAAGAAGAAUUAGAAGAGGAAGAUGAAGAUGGCGAGGGUAAAAAUAAUGAGGAAAAUUCGUCAGAGGAAGAAAGCAAUUUUGACACACGUUUCAAAUGCAUGCCGUCCUGUGAUAGAACCGAAAAGAAAUAAACGAAAAACAUCGAUUGAUAAUUUUCUUAAAUCGUCGAUCACAGUCAUAAUUUCGCAAUGUUGACUUGACUGUUUAAUGCUAUCGCGACUAAAAUAUAUCAAGCAGCAAAGAAAGUGUUUACAUCAAUUACAUUAAAAUGCCCAAGUUAAAUUUCGCAUUUUAAUUAUGUAUAUAUAACUUUUUUCAACUCCAUCUUUAUAGCUCUUUAGCUCCAUCCUCUGUAAAUAAACAUUUUAAAAUGAAUUUGAAUGUUUAGCAUAAACCUCUGUUAGAUUUUCCAAGAUUAGAUAAAGUUACAAUAACAUUAUGAGUACUUAAAAAUACUAGUAAGCUAUGCACAGAAAAAUUCAUCUUGUUUAAUGAUUUAUUUUAGUUUCCAUUAUAAAAACUUAAUUUAAUUAUUGCUUCGUAUAGACUUUCCUCGUCAUUCUUUCGCGAAUUAUUCCAGGCCUAUCGACAUUAUUUCAACACAGCGUUCCUGUAAAAUUUAAUGUUUUUGAAAAUUCUAAUUACUAUCAAAAUUUGACGAACAAUAAGGCUAAACAAAGCCCUCACAUAUAGAGAAAAUUUAAGACGCUGUAUGUAUUUACAUAAAGAGAGAAAAACAUAUGUAUUUAAAACUAUUAGUGUGUGUGUGUGUGUAAUAUAUUACACAAGUUCUGUGAUUAGCAUAGAUGUAUGCUAUGUAACCUCGGAAUGUAUGACUUCAAAUUUUCGUUUCUUCUCAUAAUGUUUGAUUUUAUUUUCCAAACUGUCUGUAAAAGAAAAUAGAUUAUAUACACAUACAUAAGUAUUCAGUUUGUACCAAGCGGAUUAUGUAGUAUAAGUCUGUCCAAAUUCAUCAAGCUUAUCUUAAUUCAUGCACUCACUCUUUAUCUCAAUUCUCAAUUAUUCUUUUUUCUUUAAUGAUAUCUAACUAAUUGAUUGCAACGCAUGAAUACAACGAACACAUGUCUAUAUGAUAAUCUAUUCUCUUUCGUUACAUCUUGUACAUUUUAUUCAUCGAAAUGAUAGGGAGAAACAUUUUGCUUGUAAAUCAUGUGUUGGACAGACUUAAUUGUACUAUUCAAGAAAUGUACAUUUAGAAAAUUGUAAUCUCAAAUAUAGACGUCCAAUCGCGGCGACAUAGUAUUAGAAAAAAAAUUUUGAAAUUACGUAUAUAUGAUCGUCAAAAUAUUUUGAAUGUCUGUAUCAUAGUCUAAUACAAAGUAUAUUAAUAGACUUAA